GUCACGAAUCACAAUUAAAAAAAGAGUGCCUUGAAAUAAAUCAAGAAGGGUGCUUUAAUCAUCAGCUUCCCCACAUUGAUCUCUGCCUCCCCCCUGAAUUUAGGGGAUUAGGGUUUUUCCCAGAUCAGAUCUUCAACAAAGUAGUCAUCAUUGCAUCUCCCCGAUUCAAAUCUUCAUCCAAUUUCACAAAUUUCUAGAAUAAGGGUUUCAAAUUUCCGAUUUCUACCCAGUUGGGAGAGGUGAAGAGAGCAGUUCGAGUGGCUUUAUUUCCUUGGAAUUCCUGAUUUUAUUCGGUGGGUUUUUUCGUUUAUAACGAAAAGGUUCGAGCUUUGAAUUUGCGUUCAUCAAUGUCGUGGGCUGGCCAUGAAGAUGUCUUUCUCUCGACUUCUCUUGCUAGCUAUCUUGACAAGAAACUUCUUGUAUUACUUCGAGAUGGCAGGAAACUAUUAGGGAUCCUUCGUUCUUUUGACCAGUUUGCCAAUGCUGUCCUAGAGGGCACGUGUGAGCGUGUUAUUGUAGGCGAAAUUUAUUGCGAUAUCCCAUUGGGUCUGUACAUAAUUCGUGGAGAAAACGUUGUCUUAAUCGGGGAACUGGACUUGGACAAAGAGGAGCUUCCGUCUCACAUGACUCGCGUUUCAUCGGAAGAAAUAAAGAGGGCGCAGAAGGCAGAAAGAGAAGCUUCGGAGCUCAAGGGUAUGAUGAACAAGAGGAUGGACUUUCUCGAUAUGGAUUGAUUUUGAUGUAUCUGCAACAAUCCAGUUCCUCAAUGCUGGGGCUGCUCUUCUGCAAAUAUUAUCGCGGAUGCUGGCUUCGUCGAAGUAUAAACAGGCCGGAUAGUUGCGAUUCUGCUUUCGUGUAGAAUCUGACCUUGCUAGUUUUUGUUAAUGGUGGAUUUGGAUGCGAUGCAUCAGUAAGGGAUUUGGAAUUUUUUACUGCUAUGAAACGCACCUUCAAAAUGCGACUUUUGUGUACUAUCUGAAAUGAUAUUUGAAUACUAUAUAUUUUUAGUUCAUUUUA